AUGGUGUAUGCAACGGGUCUCCGAAUAAAUCUGUCAGAUAACUUUAGCAGUGUUCUGGUGGAUACAAAGAAAGUAAACGGGAAUGAUCGCUGUGUAGGAGAGAUGGGAUACUCGCGGCCAGGAGGAGGCAGUGAGACAGGAGUGAGCAGAGGAGCGACCCCUUUGUGGUGUGAGAGGAGGAGGAGGAGGAGGAGGAGGAGGAGCAGUGAUACAGGUUUGUGUGCAGAGGAGCAGACCCUUUGUGUGAGCAGAGCGAGGACGGAGGAGGAGAGGAGGACGGAGCAGUGA